AUGGAAUUUUUAAAAAGUUUUGACUCGGAUGACGACGUAGAAUUCGCCGAGACAUUCUUCAAUGUUGUGCAACACGUUCACGCCGAAAAAAGUUCGAAUGCAGUGCGUACAAGGGUGGUCAUCAAUCGUGAUCGCCAAGCCGCACACGACUUAUUGGUACGUGAUUACUUUGCCGAUAAUUGUCUUUAUAAUGACGACUCGUUCGAACGUCGUUUCCGUUUGAAUAAGGCUAUAUUUUUACGUAUUAGUAAUGCUUUAGAAUCUCGUUAUGAUUUUUUCAAACAAAAACCCGACGCUAGAGGAAGAAUGAGUUUUAGUAGUAUACAAAAAUGUGCGGCUGCUCUUAGGUAUUUGGGAUACGAUAUAGCAUUUGAUGCAUCUGACGAAUACUUGAAAGUAUCCGAGAGGACCGCAGUUGUAUGUGUAGAUUGGUUUUCUGCAUCGGGGUCUAACAACGACCUUAAUGUUCUUGGCCAGUCUCCACUUUUCAACGAUAUUUGGCCCGGCAAAGCACCUGAUAUGACGUUCACGGUAAACGGGCAUGCGUACAAAUACGGUUACUACCUUGGUGAUGGGAUAUACCCGGAUUAUUCUACAUUGAUGAAGGCAUACUCGAUUCCUCGAAAUUAA